UGUUUAUUAAGUCGGUUUAUAUAUCUUUUAUUUUAUAUUUUAUUUGCAGUUUGCGAGUGUAGCAAUGGAUUCUGUUUUGACUAGUUUGCUUGGUAAAAGUUAUACAAUGAGUCGUAAACAAGCAUGGUCAUUUUUAUUUCAACAAAUUGCUGUUGAUCUUACCAGAGGUGUUGAAGAACAAGCGUUACUUGAUGCAAAACAACCGCAUACAUCUAUAUUUUCGACUUAUCCAAUAUUUCGAACAGAAUAA